GUCAUCCCCGGGCACGAUGCCCGCUCAGUGGAGUCCCUGUGCUGGGCGGCCGGCGAGCGGCUCUUCGGGGCCGGUCUGAGCGGGGAAAUCAUCGAGUACGACCUGGCCCGGCUCUGUGCUGCCCGCCCCGUGGACGGCUGUGGGGGGCCCAUCUGGAGCAUGGCGGCCAACAGCAGCGGCACGCAGCUGGCGAUUGGCUGCGAGGACGGCUCCGUUAAACUCUUCCAAGUUGUGCUGGGGGGGAUCCAGUUCGAGCGGAACCUGGACAGGCGGAAAGGCCGCAUCCUGUGCCUCUCCUGGCACCCCUCGGACACGCACAUCGCGGCCGGCUCCAUCGACAUCCUCCGCGUGUUCGACGUCUCCUCAGGCCAAACGGUGCAGCGGAUCAUGGUGAACUACCAGGUGCAGAAGGUGAUGCGGGAGUGCGUUGUGUGGAGCAUCGCCUUCCUCUCCAGCGGCACCGUCGUCACCUCGGACUCCUUCGGGAGGGUGCAGUUCUGGGACUGGGAGCGAGGGACGCUGGAGGAGUCCCACACCGUCAGCACCUCGCCGGUUCUCUCACUGGCUGUGUCUGAGAAGGAGGACAGCAUCAUUGUGGGCACCUCGACGGGGGCCACCUACCAGUUCCAGCUGCUGCCGGUGAAGGUGGGCAGCCUGGAGAAGCGCUGGGUGCGGACGAAGCCCUUCCAGCACCACACUCAUGACGUGCGAGCCGUGGCACACAGCCCGACGGCGCUCAUCUCCGGGGGCCUGGACGCCCAGCUGGUGAUCCGCCCACUGAUGGAGAAGAUGCAGAAGAAGGGCUAUGAUGCUGUGCUCCGCAAAUUCACCUUCCCUCACCGCCGCCUUGUCUCCUGCGCCAGGAAAGCCCGCCUGCUCCUCUUCCAGUUCUCCCAGCACCUCGAGCUCUGGAGACUGGGCUCCACCGAAGGGACCGGAAAGGACGGCGAGGUCCUUCCCCUGUGCCGCAUGCCCGAGCACCUCCUGCAGCUCAAGAGCAAGGGUCCAGAGCACAUCUACUGCAGCUGCGUCUCGCCCUGUGGCAGCUGGGUUGCCUACUCCACCGCCUCCCGCUUCCUCCUCUACCGGGUACAACACGAGGGCAACAGCAUCAGCGUCAGGAAGGUCCCCAAAGUGCCCAAGCUGCUGCUCCCAGCCUUCCAGCUCCAAUUCUCCUCCGACUCCGGCAAACUCUUCGUCGCCUCUGCUCGAGGCUCCGUCCACGUCCUCCAGCUGCUGGAGCCGGGGGGCUGCAAGCACCUGCACACAUUACGGCCACCCUCAGGGACCCCUGAGGCCGUUUACCUGCUGGCACCGAGCACUGACGGGCGCUGGGUGGCUGCGGUUAGCGGGGACUGGGUAAUCCACGUCUACAACCUGAAGUGCUCCAAGCAUCACUGCACGGUGCCCAGCUACAGCUGCGCGGUGAGCGCCAUCGCCAUCCACCCCGUCACCAACAACCUGGUUAUUGCCUACGCCGACCAGCAGCUAUUUGAGUUCAGCAUCCCUGAGAAGCAGUACACGGCCUGGAGCCGCACGGUGCAGAACUGCGGGCUGCACAAGGGCUGGCUGGAGAGAGACUCUCCCAUCACCCACAUCGCCUUCAACCCCAAGAACCCCUCGCACAUCCUCCUCCACGACCUCUACAUGUUCUGCAUCCUCGACAAAUCCCUGCCCCUGCCAGACAACAACACCCUCCUGAUGAACCAGAGCACCCUGAAGCAGCUCCCAGAGACGGCCAGGCAGCGGCAGCUCCACGCCUUCAAGAUCUGCAAGAAGUUCCAGCCCCUGCUCUUUGCGGAUCUGCUGGACGGGAACCGCCUGGUGAUGGUGGAGCGGCCCAUCAUGGAUGUCAAGACCCAGCUCCCCCUCCCCGUCCAACAGAAGAAAUUUGGCACCUGA